GUUUUUGUUUACGUUGUUGAUUGAAAAAAACAACGUCAGUUGAUGACAGGAACUCGAGGUGAAAGAAUAAUGCAGUUCUCCACACGUGUUGUUCUUUUCUGACGUUACCUACAGACAUCAAGGAUGUCAGACUACGAAGAGAUUCUCACCCAGAUCCGGCCAUUCGGGCCGUACCAGAGACGUGUGUUCAUUCUGGUCUCCAUGUUUGAGACCCCUCUAGCGUGGGCCAUGCUCCUCCCCAUCUUCACCUCCGCCAGUCCUUCGGCCACCAUUGGACAGGCCAGUGUUAACGUCAGUGGCUCGGUUACCAAGGAAACAGCUGUGUCAAAUGGUGUAAAUGACAGCGUCUGUCUCACGAGUGGAGCAGUCCAUCCCAAUGUUGUUUUCAAUGAUUCCUUCACCUCCAUUGUUAGUGAGUGGCGACUGAUGUGUGGUGCGGACUACAUUCCCGAUCUGAUCAUCUCUCUACAAAUGGUUGGCGUGCUGGUCGGUGCACUCAUUACAGGGCAGCUGGCGGACAUGUUUGGUCGACGCAGGAUUCUCUUUGCUGAAUACAUCCUGCUGCUGAUUGUGUGGUUCAGCAGCGCGUUCGUCACGUCCUGGCAGGUGUAUGCUGCUCUGCGGGUUCUCAUCGGAGCUCUUGUUGGAGGUACUCUGGUUGUCAACUUUGUCCUGCCUCUGGAGUUUGUCACCCCGAGUUGGCGGACAUUUUGUGGCUGUGUUGGGUUCUGGGCUGUUGGUCUCAUGACUCUGGCCCUGUGGGCAUUCUUCCUGCGAGACUGGCGUCAUCUCACCAUGGCAACGUCAGCUUCGAGUCUUUUCUUGGUGUUCUCUUGGUGGUUUAUACCAGAAAGCCCAAGAUGGCUUCUCAACCGGGGACAGUUUAAAGAAGCCAGCAGAAUAAUAACAGACAUGGCCACGUUCAAUGGCCGACCAGUUCCCGAUUUCUCACAGCUGAGGCAGUUUGUGGAGCGAGAACAAUACAAGAAAGAAAAGCAAAGAAAGUAUUCAUACUGCCAUUUAUUUUCCUCUUGGAGGCUCACGAGAGGAAGUUUAAUUCUUAUAUAUGGAUGGUUUGUGUCCAGUUCAGUUUAUUACGGACUAAGUUUCAAUGCUAAAAACCUGUCUGGCAAUCGCUACCUCAAUGUCUUCCUGUCGGGACUGGUGGAAAUUCCGGCGCUCAUAUUUGUCGUUGCUUUUAAUAACCGGCUGGGACGCCGUGUCACCACGACGACUCUGAUGUUUACAGCUGGCCUGUUCUGCUUCUCCAUCCUCGUGCUGGAUUUAACGGGUCAGUUUUGAUCAAUAUCAAAAAUGACCCUAGCGCUGUCUCUGAUCGGCAAGUCGGGUAUAUCGGGAGCGUGGGCAGCAGUACAAGUGUUCUCUGCCGAGACAUUUCCCACUGUUAUCAGAAAUAUUGGAAUUGGUGCUUGCUCCAUGGCGGCUAGGAUUGGAGGGAUAGUGGCUCCACAGUUUGUUUAUCUGGGCAAGGAGUACAGUGCUGUCCCCUUCACGGUGUUUGGCAGUCUGGCUCUCGUCUGCGCUCUCUUGAUGAUGGCGAUGCUGGAGACCGUAGGCGUGCCUCUUCCUGAUCACAUCUGUGACAUUCCCGCAAAACGGAAUACCCAACAUGCAUCGGGCGAGGAGGCAGACGAACUGCAUUCCAUGUGUGAUGUCACAACUAUUCCAUCCAAUGAAAAUGAUCAACAUGAGGUUCUUUCCAAACAUGCAGUAACAUGAUCUCGAUUUUAGGUUGUUAUGGUAAAUUUAUUACCCAUGGCAUAUGGUUUAAAAUAUAUUGGUACAUAUCAAAGUGAUAUGUCCCACGAGAAUGCCAAGUGGGACAUAACACUGUGUGACGUCAUCGAUUGGUGCACUGUAGCCUAACAGGAACGUCAACGAAACAAAUAGA